UUUCUCAAUACUUUGCCUUGCACCUUCCAUGGUUAAAAGCAUUGUGGAUCGCUUUGAUAAAGAGGAUCGAAUUGUUCUUAAACCACAUAGUAGUGACAGAAGAUCCAAACUAAAUUCUAAGCAUAGAAUUUUUUUAAAAACACAAAUGGAAAUAAAUCCAAGUAUCACAAUUAAUGAAUUGCAUCAAAAUCUUCUUGAACGAUUUUCUGAUUUACAAGUGAGUAGAUCAACUGUAGGCCGAAAUAUAAAAAACAAAGUAGGGUUUACACUAAAAAAGUUAGUACUUGUUAAUAAAAGACAAAAUAUUUCUAAUACAAUUGUUAAAAGAAAAGAAUAUGUUCAAAAUAUUUCUCAGCAAAGAAUUAAUCUGUAUCAUGAUGUUAUUUAUAUUGAUGAGUCUGGUUUUAAUUUUCAUUUAUCAUAUUCACGAGGACAUGCACCUCGUGGACAACGUGCCAUUAAGGAAGUUCUUAAGCAACGUGGAAAAAAUGUCACUAUUAUUGCAGCUAUGGAUGGGAAUGGCAUUGUCAAAGUUACACCGCGGCUAGGUUUAACAACUGGAUUUAUUUUUACAAAAUUUUUACGUAAGCUUGUUAAAUCACUUCCUCCAAACCGCAGAAAAAUUUUUAUAGUCGAUAAUGCAAAAAUUCACCAAGCAAAACAAGUUAAAAAUUUUAUUGCAACCACGCUGCAUGAGCUUUUAUUUUUACCUGCAUACUCCUCCUUUCUAAACCCCAUCAAAAAGGUCUUUUCAAAGGUUAAAAAUUUAGUUGCACGACAUCAUCUUGAAAAUAAUGAGACUAUUUUAAGCUGA